CUCGUUUUAAAAGACAGUGGCAUGCGACACCCGGAUGACGAAGGUCGCGUUUGGGAAGUCGAAGAUCAUUUCGACGAGCUUACGUGGUGGGACGUCACCAAUCACACAACAAGCGAGACUCAGCAGCUACCGCUUGUGCUAAACCAAUGGCACGAUAUUGCCUCCGCGAUUCACGACGCGUAAUUGAAGGCAACGAGAGUGAGCACUACGGACAUUCCAUUCGUCACAUUAUCGCCACCAACCGCAGCAACUUCAUUUAAAUUUGGUCUUUUUUCGUGCAAAGAAACAAUUUCGGUGACAGUAGUCAACUUCUUUUAUGUCUCUUAUCGACGCUGCCAGUGUCAGAAUGCCAUUCGAAAUUCAGAUCGCUCCUUGACGCGGCAUGGUGGCACGGAGGACACCGCCAUGCGACGAGUGGGUGGCUCACUCGCACAAGCUCGCAACGAGGAACAAGAUGCUGCAGCUGACAAUGGCAGCGCUACGAGCGCGGCUGGGGGACGCUGUGGCUAAGCUUGUGCUGGUGCCCGUAGUGGUGAGUCUCUGCGGGGCCAUGACGCUCAUUCUCGGACUGCAAUGGGUGGAGGCGUUACAGCGCCAACGACAAGUGAUCGAAUGGCGCACGCGGCUGUGGACGAUGUUGUUGGCACUACUCCAGGCAAUGCUGCCGGCCAAGCGACUUGAAGCAUCCGGUGGCGAGGGCUAUUCCUCGCGUCCUUUGAAGAGACAGAGCGAUACAUCAAGGACCAGAAGUCCCACUAAACGUGCUCGAAGACGCGUGCUUAUCUGGGAUUUGGAUGAGACUCUGGUGCUGUUCGCCUCGCUGUACACAGGCACAUUCGCCCAGACGCACGGCAAGGAAGUGGCGCCUGGAGUGGCUCUUGGUGAGCAGAUGAUGACUUUUCUACUGGCGAUGUUGGAGAAGCAUUUCUUCUUCAGUGAUCUUCACGAUACAGACGUGGACCACAUCGCACAUAGGUAUGAACGUAUCCGGGAGAUCUACGAACGUCGCGGACACGUGGACUUUUUGCAUGAUACAAACAGUGAAUGGUUCGCCAUCCAUGGCGCGUUAGUAGCGGCUAUUGACAAUUUUUCGACGGGUUGGCUGCAUGAAGCUCGGCAAGUGGAAAAUGUCAACGUGCUGGUCACAAAUACGCAACUGGUGCCAGCAUUGUGCAAGUGCCUCAUUUACCAACUGGACGCAUUCUUCCCGAUCGAUCGUGUGUAUUCUUCAGCAAAGGUGCGCAAGUAUAGGUGUUUUGAAGCGAUCAUGAAGAAAUAUGAUGCUCCAGACGCUGAAUUUGUAGCCAUUGGUGACGGACUGGAGGAGGAGCAGGUAAGCCUUGCACUCGGGCUCGAGUUCCACAAGAUUCGGUCACUUGUGGACCUCAAACGACUGCGCUACGACUUGCAAUUGGUGAAAGCUAACAGUAGCAGCUCGAACUCGGCGGUUGUUGACACGCCUGCUGUUGCUGCGGCUCAAAUGCCAGUUGCCUCGUCGCCAGUCGGCCAAACUGCUGUAGUCUAA